AUGAAGGGCAUACGAGAGGUCUAUACGACAGAGCAGCUGUACGAACAGCUCCGUCCCAGGCUCUCCAUCUCCGAUGUGUGGUUAGCCCAACAUCAUCCGGAUUUGCUCCGGGCUGCGGAUGCGAUGGUAGAGGCGCUGCAGAAAAAAGAAUCCUACGGCGGUGGCGUAGCGCAGGGUGGAGCGGGUACGGCACUCGAGUAUUUAACGACGACGUUUGCGCACCUUCGAGAGCAACGGACGUUGGUGAUGGGGGACAAGAAAGACCGGCUUCUGAAGGAGGUCGCGGGACUACGACAGCUCCGCUCCGGAACCAUCAAUGUACUGCGGGGCGCCAAGGCCUCCGAAACCACAAUGGCGGACAUGCUAUCAGCUCUCAAGGCAGCGGAUGCGAAUCCACAAGAAAUCGUGAUUGCGGCGGCGGCGCCGCCGCCACCGUUACCGACCGAUGGGUCGGACCGGGCGGUGCCGAUGGAGUUGUCGGACUCUAUGCCGCCGCCGCCGCCGCUGCGCAGUAGCAGUAGCAGCAGCCCAGGAGCAGUAGCAGCUAACGAUGGCGUCCGCGGUACUAUUCAUCAGACUCAACCCGUGGAUACCAACGCUACUGCGACUGCUGCUGCCGGCGGCGGCGCCGAGCUCUAUCAAGAUAUGAUUAUUACGCCCCAGCGCACUGCAGCCGCGCGGCCGCAGCGCAAGCGGCAGCGUACGGCAGCGGAGGAGACCGUACAGACGUUGGACGAGUCGCCAGACUCGCUGGACUUUGUGGAUUUCGUGGAGGCGUUACAUCGCCGAAUGCCGCUUCGAUGCGGCUGGAUGUACGCCAAUGCGAUUUUGCCGAAUGCGGCGGGUCGACUCAGUGGCUUGUACGACGGCGGCCCCGAGCUCGACGCGUUGGGCCGCUCCUGCUUGGCCUUUCACCACACACGUCACGAAUCUCCCGUACUGGACGUGCACGUACUGGCCUCCCAGCUACGACAGCAACAACAGCAGCAACGAGUGCCGUCGGCUUGGCCUCGGAACGCAGUUGAGCUGGUGACGGCGACGGCGCCGCCGUCAUCACAGCUACUGCCAGCCAAGUGCGCGUCCUCGUGCUGCGCUUCCCCCGACGACGGCGCCGCUGACGCGGCGGCGGCGGCGCCGCCGCCGUCACUUAUUCUUCGGCCUCCGCAGGAUAGCAGCGGGCGUGGUCAAGGUCUGGAUCUAGGACACCUUAGUUUCACCUGCGUGACGUCAGCGCCGCUGUCGGACGAUUUCCUGGGGGAGCUUAUACGGCAGACGACGGCGGGUCAGGCGGCGGCGGAGGUGGCCGCCACCGCUGCCGCCGCCGCUGCCGCGCGCGCCAGCCGUUGCAUUGCCAGCGGCCGUGUGGGUUGUACGGGUACGUGUGUAGAGGAUGCGGCGGCAGCAGCUGCCGCGGCGGAGGUGGCGGCCGCCGCCGCGGCGGAUUACAUGACUUGGGGCGGCGUCGCGUGGGACGACGACGCGGCGGCGGCGGCGGCGGCUGACGAGGCUGAUGAAGAGGAACGGGAGCUGUACGACGCGGUGAAUGAGGAGCUGCAGGCGGUAGAGGCGGCGGCGGUGGAGGCGGAACGGGAGGUCGAAGUGGAGAUGGAGAUGAUGGAGAAGGUGGCGGCGGGGGUUGCUGGCGGAGUCCGGAAGCAGCAGCACAAGGUGACGGUGAAGAAGGAGGAGGAGGAUGCUGAGGGGGCGGCGGCAUCCGCCGCUGGCGGCGGCGGCGCCGGCUUCGAAAGUAGUGUCGGAGGGCACCACCUCAAGGGCGCCUUUUCCCACCGGAUGCAGUUGCUGCCUGGUGUGUUUUUCUCGUACUACAUUGGCAGCCAAGCCUUCACCAACACGGCGUGGCAUGUGGAGGAUUUCCUGCUGCAGUCCAUAAACCUGAUGGCGGUGGGGCGACCCAAGGCCUGGUGGUGGGUCCCCCGGGACAAGGAGGAGGUGUUCAAGGAGUUCCUGGAAGACCAGUGGGAUGCCGAAGAGUGA